AGGAAUUCAUCGGACACAAAUAUAUAAUUAAUUUGCACGAAAUAAUUAUAACAAUUGGCAUCAAGAGCCUGUCACUAAAUACAUCUAGUGAGAUUUUGGUAACUAAUUACUCUUAUUUUGUGCAGAUAUGAAUACCCAACGAGAAGGAGCUUCAACUACUCGUCCACCUCUCCUAAUCGGCUCCAACUACUCAUACUGGAAAUAAAAAAUGAAGAUGUUUAUCAAAUCCAUAGAUGAGAGAGCAUGGCGCGCCAUCAUAACUGGUUGGACACCUCCCACGAUCAAAGGAGAAGAUAAAGUGGAAGUAUUUAAACCAGAAGCAGAUUGGAGUGAUGGAGAGAUACUACUCGCAAACUACAACUCAAGGGCCCUAAACGCGAUCUUUAGUGGUGUGGAUGAUAACCAAUUUAAACUAAUAGCAUCAUGUGAAUCCGCAAAAAGAGCUUGGGAAAUUCUUCAAAUUACAUACGAAGGAACGUCAACUAUAAGGACAUCCAAGUUACAGAUGCUGGCCACCAAAUUUGAAAGUUUAAAGAUGGAGGAAAAUGAGACGAUCACUGACUUCCAUGCUAAACUAUGCGAUAUCUCCAACGAAUCAUACGCACUCGGUGAACCUUACUCAGAAAGCAAAUUAGUGAGAAAAGCAAUGCGCUCAUUACCUGAAAGAUUUGCUUACCGAAUUGCUGCGAUUGAAGAAGUCAGAGAUGUUGACACGCUCAAACUAGACGAACUCAUGGGAAAACUUCUAGCUCAAGAACUCAAUCAUGGUGAAAAUUAUCGUGAAAAGCCUAGAGAUAAGAAGAUAGCCUUUCAAGCAGAAGCUUCAUAUGGAACAUCUCAGAGUUCUUCAACUCAAGAAGAUGAGCAGACGGUUGAAGAAUCCUUGGCACUACUAUCAAAAAACUUUGGGAAAUCUCUCAAAAAGAUCGGAAAAAGGGGAAAUCCUUCCAACGCAGGGAAACCUGUGAAUUUUCAAAAUCCCAGGAGAAAUUCAAAUCAAGAUAACCCAGAGGAGUCAAAACCGAGAAGAAUACAAUGCCGAGAGUGCGAAGGCUUUGGUCACAUUCAAUCAGAAUGCGCAAACACCCUGAAGAAAAAGAAAAGAAUGUCACUUACUACUGUUUGGAGUGAUGAAGAAGACUCUGAUGAUGACCAAGGAAACAACGAUCAAGUCACUAAUUUUGUAGCAUUCAGCAGCAAGGUUCCUCUGAACAGUUCAGAAACAACUGUUGCAACAGACUGUGAAACAGAAUCCAGAGGAUCUGGACAGCAGCAGUGA